GCGGCUGCAAAGCAGGAAGGAGGUGGGGCUUCAGCUUGGAAGGCCUGGGAGGUUACUCACAGAUAAGGGGCUUUCCUAAGCCAAGGCUGUGUGACAGAAAAGGGGCCGAAAAACGCGGGACACAGGGCAGAGCUGGGACAAAGCUGCCCAAGAGGCUGCAGCCAGAUGCCCUGGACCAGAUGCCCCCCAUUUGGCUUCUUGGCUGAUCCCUCCCACACCUGGCCCCAGCCCUGGUGGUCCUGGUGAUGCCGGGGUUCUUGUUCACGAAGCCGAAGAAUGAGCUUCACAAACACUCAAGAUUACUUGGUUAGGAUCCGAGAAGGAAAUAUAGCACAUAGUCACCCUAUGGAGAGGAUCCCUCGGCACAAAACCUUCUCCUUCUACUUUCGAAACCUUCCCAAAACCAAUAUACGAAACCGCAACUACCUCUGCUUCGAAGUGAGAGGAAAGGAGCGACCAUCAGAUGCCUCUGUCCACAGGGGAGUCUUUCAGAACCAGGUCCAUCCCCACGCUCCUCGCCAUGCAGAACUCUGCUUCCUUUCUUGGUUCCAAGAUGAGAUGCUGUCCCCUCAUGAGCAGCAGCGUGUCACCUGGUUCGUAUCCUGGAGCCCCUGCUCCAGCUGUGCACAGCGGGUGGCCCAGUUCCUGCAGCAGCACAGGAACGUGACACUGAGCAUCUUCGCCGCCCGCCUCUCGUACUUCUGGGACCCGGCUACCCGGCAGGGGCUUCGCAGGCUGUGUGGCGAGGGGGCCCCGGUGGACAUCAUGUCCCUGCAAGAUUUUGAAUACUGCUGGGACCACUUUGUGAACAAAAAGAAUAAGUCCUUUCACCCUUGGUGGAACCUGGAUCAGAAUUAUAAUUUCCUGGUCGCAGAGCUUGAGGAAAUCAGACACCGUUUGGAUGAAGACACCUUCUUGGAGAACUUCAGUAAUGACCUUUGGCCGGGCAAGACCUGCUUGUGCUACGAGGUGACACCUCCAGUCGGUGACACCAGAGUCCCGCUGGGCCAGGAAAGAGGUUUCCUGCACAACAAGCAUAACACAUCCAGACCAUGCUACCAUGCAGAGUUCUUGCUCCUGGAGAGGAUCCUUUCUUGGAAACUGGACCCCAAGCUGCGCUACAUGGUCAACUGGUUCAUCUCCUGGAGCCCCUGUGCUGCCUGUGCCCAGUAUAUAGCCAAUUUCCUGCGUGAGAACCUCCAUGUGCACCUGUACAUCUUUGCCUCCCGCAUCUAUAGGCGCCAUGAUUAUAAGGAGGGUCUGCGCACAGUGUGGGAAGCUGGGGCCCAAAUGGCCAUCAUGAACUACAAGGACUUUCAGUACUGCUGGCAAACCUUCGUGGACCACCAGGAAAGACCCUUUCCAGCCUGGCAAGGUCUAACUCGAAGGAGCUCCCACCUGUCUGUGGAGCUGUGGGAAAUUCUGCAGAAUCAAGAAAACUGAAGGGUGGACUCUAAGCUCUGUAAAGAUGACAAGAGACCUCUGUUCAACAGCAGAUAAUAUACUUUCUUCCAAGAAAUGUGAACUUGCCAUUUACCACCUUCUCCACAUGGAUACAAAGAAACCAUCAAAAGACAAUGGGUUCAUAAGAAAGUGUGUUUUUUAAAUCUUCUUAUAUUCUAAAUAUGCCUCAGUAAGAUUACACCCCACACCAUCAAAGGA